CAGUUAAAUAUCGAUUUCACUCCCUUUGCUUUGUCGUGCUGUCAACUACGCUAUUAUUUGAAGUGUGAUGCUCUGUAUAAACUUAAUGCGUUAUGCGCCUAUGAUCAUGUAUCAUGAAAAAAAACAUAUGCUUUCAAUAAUUGAAGCUUAAGAUGGCCUUAAAAGCGUGCAGAUUUGAAAAUGCGUCGGAUAUUAAAUCAAAAGUUAGCGGUUAGUUUCAGCGGCUAUAAACAAAGUUUUGAUGACUUGAAGAGACACUGGAAAAAUUGCGUAGAUUCCUCUGGCGAUUUUCUUGAGCAACUUUAGAAACAGAGAUAAAUUUAUUUGAAGAAGGAAAGAAAUUGAGGGAUUAAGAAAAAUUGUGCUUCCUCAUGCAAGAAGGGGAGGAUUUGACUCGGAUUUUGAAGAACAGGAGAAGUGUCCUCUAAAGGGAGAAAGAUGAGUGGAUUACGGAGGCCAACUGACCUAAUUUGCCCACUUUCUCCUAUUGUAUAUAAAGCUCGAGUUGUCACUGCUUGGACAGAAUUCUCUCAGCAUCAUGGGAGCAUCUAAGAAUUGGACCCGUUGGGCUGUUUUAAGCUGUACUCUCCUACUGGUCUCCGGCUUAGGAGGAGGUGGUUAUAGUGGUGGAAGCGGAAGUUACGGUGGAGGAGGCGGUGGUUUUGGAGGUGGAAAAGGAGGCGGCGGUUACGGAGGAGGAGGUGGAGGUGGAGGUUACGGAGGAGGAGGUGGAGGUGGAGGCGAUGGAGGAAAGACAGUCUUCAUUGCUGUCCCUAUUAGGACAAUUAGUGGUUUAGGAGAAAGUGGCGGCGGAGGAUAUGGAGGUGGAGGAGGCGGUUAUGGAGGAGGAGGAGGAGGCGGCGGAAAAGGUGGUUUUGGAGGCGGCGGAUAUGGAAGCGGUGGUGGAGGAGGAAAAGGAUUUGGUGGAUUUGGAGGUUUCGGUGGCGGCGGAUAUGGUGCUGGCGGUGGAGGAGGAAAAGGUGGAUUCGGAGGUUUUGGAGGAUUAGGAAGUGGAGGAUAUGGCGGUGGCGGUGGAGGAGGAAAAGGUGGAUUCGGAGGACUUGGAGGAUUCGGAAGUGGAGGAUAUGGCGGCGGAGGAGGAGGAGGAAAAGGUGGAUUCGGAGGUGGAGGAUAUGGAGGUGGCAGUGGAGGAGGAGGAAAAGGUGGAUUUGGAGGAUUCAGUGGUGGUGGAUACGGAGGUGGCAGUGGAGGAGGAGGAAAAGGCGGUGGCGGCGGAGGAGGAAAAGGAGGUAGCGGAGGUGGCAUAGCCAUUGUAGGAAUCACUCUCACCCAAUUAGGCGGAGGAGGAGGCGGAGGCGGUUAUGGAGGAAGCGGAGGAGCUGGUGGUAAAGGUGGAUUCGGAGGAUUUGGAGGAGGCGGUUAUGGAUCAGGAGGCGGUGGCGGCGGUUAUGGAUCAGGCGGAGGAGGAAGUGGCAAAGGCGGAUUCGGUGGAUUUGGUGGUGGUGGUGGUGGGUACGGUGGCGGAAGUGGAAAAGGUUAUUAAUAGUUGGUUUUUUUUCAAAGCCUUCACUGGUUCUAGAGGUGUCAUAACAGCAACAAAGGGGAUAUAAGAAGAAAAGUCUGAUUCUUAUUGUCAUUCUCCGGUAUGAUUCACGAACAAGCUUUUACACAAGUUCAAAGAGGUGUCAAGUGCUUGGAACGACGGUGUAACAAAUUGUGAUCCAAAUGUAAUAAAUUAUUAUGUACAUGAUGUAA